UCUUCAAUAAUGCGACGUACACCAUGUACUGCAACCGCGAUGCUGCCAAUGCUCCAUUAUUCUCGCUCUUCACCGGCAAUUUCGACGGAUGCAUGGAGGCGUGUACGGCUUGGAACAAUUUCAACUCGACAAACGCCAACACCUGUCGCGCUGUCUCUUUUAUCCCUCUUUGGACCAACAUCACCGUCGCAAGAAAUGGGAACGCUGCGGGGGAUUGCUUCUUGAAGCCCAAGCCUCAGCGCAAAGCGGAUUUAACGACGCCUAAUAUUGGCACCGAAUGCCACGCUGCUAUUCAUAAUUGAACGAGUCGGCUAUCGAGAAGUCACACACGAAUAUUAACGAACAAGAAAUAGGGUGUACAAGGUGGUGUUACAAUAAUAAACGGCUCCAUCGAAUCUCACAUCGAG